AUGGAAAACAUCCUCUUUUUUCAUCCUCCCCACGUUCAGGCAAACGUGCAGAUGAACCAUGUUGGCUUUUGUAUUGGCGCAGCAUGUUUGGUAGAGCGAUUUGGGUCAACGGGGCUUCUUGACAGGAUUCAAACCAGUCAGGGAACCACGGUGCUUUGCUCUCCGUUCCCCAAUCUAUGGAUUGCCGUUGAGGCAAUGGAACCCUAUGACAGCUCUGCGCUGCUGCCAAUAGUUCGGCGUGGCUUUGAGGUCUUUGUGCUGCGACACGGCUGGUCAACUGUUGCGGCGCUCGUAUCCCCCGUUGGUGCGUCGGUUGGCAGUGCUGAGCCGCGUCGGGUGCUGAAAAGCUUUUACGAGAAGUUUGCCGUGUUUCUGGAAACGCGGGUUCUGCUUGUUGACGUGCGUGACGCCGUCCGGUUGUCGAGGGGCAUGAUGAAGCCUGCAUCGUCCGCGUCAGUUGCGGCACCAGAAGCGGCUGUGGGACGGGAAAAAGGUCACGUGCCGCGAUGGAACCGUCGCUGGACCGUGCUGGCAGUGACGGAGUGUCUGCUGGCCUACCCCGUUUUUAUGCGUCCGGCAUCACUUGCGGCGCAGUCCAUGUGUCAUAGUCUGGUGUAUCGUUAUUUAUCCUUUCUCUCGACUGGAGGAGUUCCCAACGACUCCGCAUGCAGCAGCAGCAACAAUGAAAACAAAAACGACAGCAGUAAAAAAAGAAACUUUUCAGUGGAUUUUUUGCGGGCCGAGCAUCGUGCACGGUUGGCUGGGGAGAAGAGUACAAGGGCGUAG